AUGUAAGAAAUUUUCAAAUAGUUUUUGAUAUUCAAGCAGAUUGAUUAAAUUAAUCUAUAAGAGUAUUGUUUCUAUGCUUUAGAUAAAGAAAAUCAUUUAUGUUUUAUUUACAUAGAUGGAGAUUCGGUAGAAAUAGAAGUAACAGAAUUUGAGUUAAAUAAAAUAAAAAAAUUAUCUUAAUCCAAGAUAGAAUAUCUUGCAAAUAUAACUUAAAAUCUUGAAUAAAUAUUUUCAGAAAUAUAACCACAAGAUGAGCAAGAAAAAUUUUGUAGUCUUUCAUUAGAUUAAAUAUUUGUAAACAAAAAAAGUAAUGAAAUUAUAGUUCCAAAAUUUAUUAAAAACUAACUUUAGUAAUCAAAGCAGAGAAAUUUAUUCAUUUAAAAUUUCUUCUACAAUCUGAAGAAUCAUUUUGUGGAAAACGAAGAUGAUUUACAUUAGGAAAACAUAGAAAAUAUAAUUAUUAUGAAAAAAAUAAUAAAAAAAAAAUUAGAUUUAAAUGAUAAAGUUUGUGAUGAAAUAAAAUAAUUAUUUGAAACUUUUUUACUUGUUUCUAUUGAGAAAAUAAAAACGAUAUUGAUAUUUCAAAAUGGUUAUUAUGAUUAUUCAUUAGAGAGCAAUGGAAAUGAUUAUAAAGCUAUGAAAUAAUUUUAUUAAAACUAUCUAAUAGAUAGACAAUAAAUUCCUGAUGAAGAUUUAAAAACAAUAGAAGAAUUUUUUAUAACAUCUCUAUUACCGAAAAAUGGAAAUUUAAUUUAAGAGAAAAUUAUAGAAAUUAAAAACUAUUGCUAAAAUGAAUAAUAAGGACUUAGAUUAUAGGCGAAUAAGAUGUAUGAUAUUUGUAAAUAAGAAUUCAAUUAAAAAUAGGGUAAAAAGAAUAAAUUAAAAAAUGAAGAAAGAAAAUAGGGUUUAGCAUAAAAGGAAAUAGCUUUAGUUCAAUAUGUUAUCUAACAUUCAGAUGUUAAAUUGAAAUAAACAGAUGUUCUAAUAAAUUUAAAUUGGCCAUAUAUAUCUGGAAAGCCUGAUGCAUUAAUUUACGAUAAUAAAGAUAAUCUGAUUGGAUUGAUAUAAGUGAAAUCUAGUUAUAAGAAACAAGAAUUUGAAGAGAAUGAAAAUUUUGAUGUAGAUUUCAUUGUAGUUGAUUAAAAUAAAGUUUACUCCUUAAAAAAGGAUCAUAAAUAUUAUUAUUAAGUGUAAGUUAAUUUAUUAAUAACAGAGCUAGGUUAAUGUAUAUUUAUGGUUUCAACAAAAAAAGGAAAUAGGGAAAUUAUUGUGAGAAGAGAUGAAGCAUUGAUAAAAUAAAUAAUAAAGAAAUAAAAUAAAUAUUAUUUUACAGAGAUUUUACCAAGUAUUUGUAAGUUGAGGAAAUAUAAAAUAGAGUAGGAGGAUUUGAUAAGAAUUAAAGAAAUAAUAUGA